CCACCCGUAGAAUUAGGGGCAGAGCUUCCUCCAUAAACCCGUCCCUGAGCUCGCAGAGCCCCAACCGACGCCGUCCGUCCGUCCGAGGAAGCCAAGCCGUUGUGCAAUCUGCGCCCAAGUCCAGCCAGCCAGGCCAAGAAGAGGAAGGAGCUAUGGGCAACUCCGGCAGCACAGCUCCCGCACCGCUAGGGAAGACCCAUGUUCCAGAUUUAGAAUGGAAGGUUCAUGACUUCUCAGCUCUACUUGAGACGAAAGCUGCCUCGGCGCUGUCUACUCCUUUUCACUGCUUUGGGUACAAGUGGUGCCUGCAAGUGACUCCAAAGCACAAACAAGAUGAUAAAGGGAAUCCAUGUGUUGCUCUUUCUCUUAUGAUACUCCAGGGGUGUUUGGAGCCAGGUCACACGGUGCAUGCAAAGUUUAAGUUGUCAAUAUUCAACCAUUCAAAAGGAAUGUAUUGUGGAUACAAAGCUAGCUACAACUUCGAUGUCAAGGAUGCCUACUCGAACAAGAAAUGCUUGAUUCCUCUCCAGGAGCUACUAAAAUCAUCUGCUUUUCUAGUUGAUGAUACUUGUGUCUUCGGUGUGGAAAUAUUAAAAGUUGAUGUCUCUUCUCCUAAAAGGAAGUCCGUUGUGGUUCAGAAGAAGGCUACCACAGUUGAGAACCUCUUUGUCCAGAAGAAGGGAUUCAUCAAAGGGACAUACACUUGGACCAUGAACAAUUUCCUAGAAUUGGACUCUCAGCAAUCUGUCCGUUCUCCGACAUUUGAAGUUGGUGGGCAUAAAUGGAACAUCGGCAUGUAUCCGCGUGGUGACAAGCGCUGCCCUGAUUGCCUCACCUUGGCUUUGUACCUGGACUCCUCGGAUGAGCUCUUUCUUGAGUCCAGAAAGGUGGUUAAAAUAACUCUGUCCAUCCUGGACCAAAAGAGUGGGAAAUACUUCACUAGAACUACAGGUCUCUUGGCAUGUAUACACCCAGAUGGUUGGGGAUGGUACAACUUCUUGCCACUCAAGGAACUCCACGAUAUGUCCAGAGGCUAUCUUAUGGAAUCGAAGUGCGUCCUCAAGGCAGAUAUCACUAUCUUUGGAUCAUCCAAUGACGGCUAGAUCUUUACCUCGUGGCCUGAUGCAGAGUUAAUGUGCCUUCAUCCUACUACUAGUUAGUUAUAUAUAUGAGAUGGUGUUGCUGAUUUGGUUGAUGUUCUUAAACUUACUAUGGUAUUAAAGAUUAACUAGUUCACAAGAAG